AGAUUUUCAGCCGCCGCCGCUACGUUCAGUGACAAUUCACUCGCUGAAAUCGCUGAAACUGAAACCGUCUCGCGCUACAUCAUUUUUUUCUCAAUAUCAAGACUUGUUUUAAACGAUAAAUCCGUCGUUUGAAUACUAAUGUUGUUUCUAGUUUUCCAAUCAGCUUAAUUAGACCAUCAAUUAUGUCCGGCCAGCCAGAUGGUAUUAAUAAAAUCACCAUAACCAAUAGUGUCAACCACCAUAACAAAAAACCAGUGAUUCUUAUUUAUCCUACGGUGUCACCGGAAACGGUAGUCGUGCCCAUCAUAUCGUGCAUCUUCGGUUUUCCUCUGUUGGCUUUACUAGUAAUAUGUUGUUUGCGCAGGAGAGCGAAAUUAGCGAGGGAGCAGGCGCGCAGACGCAAUUGCGACACAAAUCACGGUACUUUCUCUAUUGUCAGAUUCAGCCCAAUACACUAUUUAGGUCGAUCUAGCAGGGCAAUAUCGCUUCGUUCCGAGCGUGGUAUGAGUAGAGGUUUUCCCUCUCUAGAAUUAGAUACCGUCGUAGAAGAACGAUCCGAUCCCGAACCGGAACAAACUGUCAUUGAAAUGAUCACGCCGGAUGCGGAUGAAAAUCGUAGUGUUGGAAGGUAGCAGCAGGUGAAAGACAUCUGCGCUGACAGAUCACCUCUUUGGGCUGCUCUGACUCAUGCGCAUUCAUUGACUAUCGUCUGCGAUCCGGAAGACAGCUGACAUCAAACCGGUAGUGACAUUCACAAUUCUGAUCCUGUAAUUCCACGUAUUGUACCACUUCCUUUUAUCAAAGGACAUUGACAUCCGGCAAUUCAUUUUUAUACUAUAUAAAUAGUAUCUAUCAGUUCUAUAGUGUACAAAAUAGAAAUCAAUUAUUAAUGCAUAGUUUUGUUUAAAUAUUAAAUGUAAAUAAAGAUGAAUGUUAGUAGGAA